UCUGACUCGGACGUCAUAUUUGUCUUUUAAACAAGGCGAGGAUUGAUGGGAAUUGAAUGUUUUACUUGUCACUUCAAGUAAAAAAAAAAGGAGAAAAAAAAGCAAAUUAGGUUCUUCAAUACCCGGAAGCGACGCUGUUUCUACAAAAUAAAAGUCGCAAUCUCACCUCGUGAGAAAGUGACCGGUGUAACUUUUCGUUGUUAUGGGUUAUUUUUCUCCAAAAUACAAACUACCUCGUAACAAAAUCCUUCCAUUAAACAUUACCACGUUGUGCAUUUAAAAAAAAAAAAGCAAGAUGUCACGCAAGUUGGACAACAACGGGUUACCUUUUUUACCCGGAUUGUCAUUCCAGGAUGUAACGAAAACAACAUACCACCGCCCCCAGACGUUGUCAUAUUCCAAGGGCCUACCGUUGGCCCACGCCCCUAAAUUGACUAUCGGACUGGAGCCUCUAUUAACGGAGCAGAUGAUGCACGAGGAGCUCAAUGGCUACACCUACGACCCACCAGAACUCCCGUUUGGCUCCAUCAACUCAAAAUACUACAAAGACUUAAUUAAUUUGUCGUACAACUCCGGUGUGGCUGUGAACCCAAAUCCUCCACCUUUCAUCCCAGCUUACGUCACCCUUGACAAAAAGGUGCUUUGUUUCAAAGCGUACUUUGAGGACAAAAUCUGCAACAGCCGAGACGAGCGGAAGAGCUACGUCCGUCACGUGGUCAUCUACUAUUACCUCGAAGACGACACCAUGAGUAUCACUGAACCCUGGGUACCCAAUUCUGGGAUACUACAAGGUGAACGGAUCAAACGCCAACGUUUACCUAAAAAGGAUCCUGGGAAGUACUACCAUUGGAAAGACCUCAACCUUGGCAUUGACCUGGCAGUGUACGGUUUUAAGUACCAUAUCGCACAGUGCGAUUUGUUUACGCAGAACUUUAUGCAACGUCAGGGCAUUAUUUUGAAUGAGCCCGAGGAAAUGCCAGACGAUGCCUAUAUCUCGCAGCGGCUAAAAGCUCCGCCUACCUACACAACAACCUCAGGUUUUGACAGCAGGUACCAGUUUCUUCACAUGGAUCGCAAGGUGCUGCGUUUCUUUGCCCUAUGGGAUGAUUCAGAAUCUGAGCUCGGCGAAACCUUGCCGGUUACUAUCCACUACUUCCUGGUGAACGACACGGUGGAGAUCAGGGAGGAUCACAAGGCUAACAGUGGCCGAUAUCCGUUCCCGGUGUUGAUGCAGAGACUGAGGAUACCCAAGAAAAUGAAGCCAGGGCACGAGCAGUUUCCCAGCUGCGUCAUGGAGGAUUCCGUCGAGGAGGUUGAAGAGUUCUUCUCACCGACGGACUUCCGGGUCGGUGAAAUGGUUACGAUAAUGGGACGCCGUUUCCUGUUGUACGACUGCGACGAGUUCACCAAGGAAUAUUACCAGACCAACCUCCCGGAAAUCAACAUAAAAAGCAUCGAAGUACCCAAGAAGAUGGGCAAGUUCGAGGGCAUGAAGAAGGAGAUACCGCCCUACAACGGCUUCGGAUCCCUCGAAGAUUCCCUCCAGAGUUGCUUAUCUCUAAUUCCCGCGCCUCCCAGGAAAAACGUGCUGAAGAUGCUGGAAAACGAACACAAAGUGCUGCGCUACAUCGCCCGGAUGGUGACGCCCAAGGGCGCCUCGGAAUCUCAAAAGGCCAAAGACGCGGACCGGCGUUUCAUUCUGUCCUAUUACCUGUCCAACGACACCAUCAGUAUUUAUGAGAACCACAAACACAACUCCGGGUUCAUCGGCGGAGUGUUCCUGAAAAGGACGCGCGUUCCCAAGCCAAAUUCUCCUGUGGACAAUCCCGAUUUCUACUCACCGGCAGACUUCUCUAUCGGGUCUACUGUUGACGUGUUUGGCCACCGCUUUGUACUGACUGACGCCGACCUAUACGUGUUAAAGUACAUGGAGUCCAACCCCAGCCAGAUCCCUUUGGAGACGCUUGAUACACUACGCCAGAAGUUGGGGACCGAGCCGAACCUGACAGCCGACAAAAGUGGUGGGGAUAAUACAGCAGCGCAAUCGUUAUGAUGUCAAGCCCACUGUGUCGCUUUGGACCUGGAUGGACCUAAAGGAUGCUUCAUUAAAAAAAGACUUGGAUCGUGGGAAGUAUUUUAUUUAUUUUUUUGUCUGGCCGCACUGCAAAGAAAACUGACAAAAAAAUUAUUUAUUUUUCAUGCCAAAAAAGGUAAUUUUAUGAGACUAAAAAGUUGUCUUCAAUGUAAAUCUAUAUUUACAAAAUUUUUUAUUUCACUUUUUGAUCAUAACAUUACCACUUUAUACUUU